UUGCUACCGCUCUUGAUUGGGAAGAUACUUCCUAUCCAACCCCAUAUAAAAUUUUUAGCUUCAUAAGCUUUCAAUUAGAUCAUCCUUGCAAGAUCUAAUGGACAGUGAACAAAGCCAUGAUCUUCAUAUUUUCUUCUUGCCAUUUAUGGCUCACAGCCAUACUAUUCCACUCAUAGACAUGGCCAAGUUAUUUGCUUCACGAGGCAUAAGGGUAAGUGUAAUCACCACGCCUGUUAACGCUCCUGGUUUAUCCAAAUCGAUAGAGAGAAGUAGACUUUUGGGUCACGAAAUUGAAAUUCUUAUUGUUAAAUUCCCUUGCAUGGAGGCUGGUUUGCCAGAAGGAUGCGAGCUAUUGGACUUGGUUCAUUCACUUGAAAUGGGGCGAAUUUUCAUCGAGGCCACCACCAUGCUUGUUCAACCAAUCGAACGCCUAUUGGAAGAGUAUCGUCCCAACUGUCUAGUUGCAGACGGUUUCUUUCCCUGGUCAACUGAAGUUGCAUCUAAAUAUGGAAUUCCAAGAAUUGUUUUCAAUGGAACGUGUUUCUUCUCUGUAUGCGCUUCACAGUGUGUAAGACUGUAUCAGCCUUACAAGAAGGUAUCAUCUGAUACAGAUCCUUUUGUCAUCCCCAAUAUUCCCAGCGAGAUCAAGUUGACAAGAAAGCAACUGCCAGACUUCAUAAAACAAGAAACUGGCUUGGCCGAAUUCUUUAGAAAAGUGGAAGAAGCAGAAGUUAACAGCUAUGGGGUUCUUUUCAACAGCUUCUACGAGCUCGAACCCGCUUAUGCUGAUCAUUUCAGGAAAGUUUGGGGAGCAAAGGCAUGGCAUAUCGGCCCCAUUUUGCUAUGCAACAAUAACUUUGAAGAUAAGUCAAACAGAGGAAAAGAAGCCUCCAUAGAUGAGAAUGAGUGUUUGAAGUGGCUCGAUUCAAAGAAACCCAACUCGGUUGUUUAUAUAUGCUUUGGAACUGUUUCAAAUUUUCCUGAUUCACAACUCCUUGAGAUUGCAAUGGCUCUGGAAGAUUCCGGACAGCAAUUCAUUUGGGCAGUGAGGAAAAACAAGAAUAAUCAGCAGGAGAAUGUAGUAUGGUUGCCUGAAGGAUUUGAGGAAAGAAUGGAAGGCAAGGGACUAAUCAUACGAGGGUGGGCACCUCAAUUAUCUAUUCUCGAGCAUGAAGCAGUGGGAGGAUUUGUGACUCACUGUGGAUGGAACUCUACACUUGAAGCAAUUUGUGCAGGAGUUCCAAUGGUAACGUGGCCGGUAUUUGCAGAUCAGUUUUAUAAUGAAAAGUUGGUGACACAGGUUCUAAGAAUUGGAGUUGCCGUGGGCGCACAAAAGUGGGCAAUAGGUGUAGGUGAUAGUGUGAAGAAAGAAGCCAUAAAGAAGGCAGUGACAUAUCUUAUGGCCAGUGAAGAAGCAGAGGAAAUGAGAUGCAGAGCAAAGAAACUUGGAGAAAUGGGAAGGAAAGCUGUUGAAGAAGGUGGAUCUUCUCAUUCUGAUUUUAAUGCCUUGAUUGAAGAAUUGAGGAGCAAGGGGAUGUAGAAUGUUAUUAAAACUCAUAAUAGGCUUUGUUUUAAGUGCUUUUCACAGUCCUGAAUAAGGUUUUUUUUUUUUUUCUGCCAUAAAAUUCUUGGAAAGCAAUUCCUACUAAGAUGACUUCCUCAAAAUCCCUAGUGUAAUUAGAAGUAGGGGAUUUAAUUAUGCUGAAAUGUUUUGCACAUUCUGCUGGAUACAAG